UUUGUCUGUUGGCGUUGACUCCAAUCCAACUCCUCUCGAAGCAUUAAAUGGUGCUUUGCCAAUGAAUUAUAUUUCUAUUUUGGGGGGUGUAUUUUUACGGUUUCUCCUAUGAGGAAAAUCACAAGAACACGCUCAAAUUCACCUCCAAUUCAUGUGCACAUCAAUGACACCGUGCCAGUACACGUGCACCUGGAAAGCCAGAGGAGUCCUGGCAGGUCACCUCAGGGGAAGACUGCAGUCAACAAAGCAGACCUUCGUCCCACAGCUAAAGUCAAAACUCGAGGUGUGGGGAUCACGCCAGGAAAGACCUCCAUACGUGAUGCCACAUAUAAGUGGGAGGGGCCAACGCACAACCUUGAGAUCACACCACCGAAACCAGAACCUGAAAGCUCGCAGUCUGCACUUCAGUUAGCUGACCUUGCAUCAGAGGAGGAAGAAGGCCUACAUGGACAAAUCAGCCAGUACACGAGGAAGAUUGACAACUUAUUGACUGAAGUCAGCUCGCUGAAAAAUGAGGUAGAAAUGCAAAAGAAGGAACGACUGCUAGAGCGUCAGUCGAAGCAGCUGAGCGUGUCCCAGCGGGUGAUCGCUGAGCAGGAAGAGGAGCUGGCUGAGGUGACCAAAGAGCUGGAGGAGACGGAGAAGGAAAACACCAGGUUACGGCUUUCCAUGGAGAAGAUGCUGGAGGAGAAUGACUGUAACAGGCAAAUUGACAGUGGGCAUCAGGACAAAGAUGCUUUACUCAGGAUGCUGAUGGAGGCUGAGGUGAAUGGAGCAGCAGCUGCAAAGCAAGCCUCCGCCCUGCGAGAGUCCAUUUUCAAUCUGUGCGCUUCUGGUAGCAAUAAGCCAUUUGGCUCUGAGUCUUCAGCCUUGGCCUGUCAGAACGAGCUGCUGCUGCAGAAACUGGAGACAUUUGAGGUCACAAACCGAACACUGCGGAAGCUUCUCAGAGAGCAGCAUGAAUCUCAGCAGAUGGAGUCACUCCAGCUGUCAAGGAAGGACGAAUUACUCAAGAAACUGGCAGACACAGAAGCUGAAAAUGCCCAUCUUGUUGUUAAACUUCAAGAGAAAGACCGAGAGGUUAAUCGACUUGCCAAGCUCUUAGAUGAUGAAAAGGACAAUGCCAGGAGCACAGCUGUUUUUUCAAAGAGCCUGGAGUCAACACGAGCUCAUUUACAAGGACAGCUCCGGAGCAAAGACGCUGAGAACAGUCGCCUCACUGUGCAGAUAAAGAACCUGGAAAAAGCAGCCAAUCGGCAGAAGGUGGAGAUAAAACAUCUGACAGAUCAGCUGGUGACACUAAAGCAGCAGGCAGGCGCAGACCGAGAGGCUCUGAAACGAGCCGCACGGGCCCAAAAGCAGCGAGCUGAGCGCAGUGAGGACACUGCAGGCCAUCUCAGCAUCCAGCUGCUGGACAUGAGGUUGGUUGCAGAAGGAUCUCAGGUGCUUAAGAGUGAGAAGCAGAUAGCAGAGGUGCUGUCAGCAGCUGAGACAUGGCAGAGUCAACAUGCACGAGAAGCAAAAGACAAGAGUAAACUGGAUAUUGAAUUGUCGCUAUUGAACAGCCGUAUAGCAGAGCUGACUGAGCAGCUUCAUACUACUAAGGAUAAAGGCAGAGCAGAGAAAGAAGCGCUGCUGGAUCGUCUCCGUGAAAUCACUGCAGAGAGUACUGCUGCCAAACUGGAGAACCAAUCCCUCAAGGCUACAGCGUCUGCGGUGGAGGAGAAGCUGUCCGUGUCUCAGUUAGAGCUUCAACAGGUCAAAGUUUCCAUCAGACAGUAUGAGGGCCUCCUAGACAGCUAUAAGAUGCAGUUGGAGAAAACCCAGGCUGAGGCAGAUGAGUACUGUGCUCGGCUGGCUCAAGCAGAGCAGAAGGCUCAGACGGUGCAGGGGGAGCUGGAGAAGGAGAUCGAUGAAGUGCGCAGGGAGCUUCUGGGACGGCUGGCAGAGUUGGAGCCUCUUCCUGAAGCCCUACAGCGCUCCCAGCUACAGCUGCAGGAAGCUCAGGAUAGGGAGUGCAGCCAGGAGAAACACAGCUUGGAUCUCAGCACAGCACUGACUGAUCUCCGCAUGAAGGUGGAGACCCAAGGCAGCCAGAUGGAGCUUCUUAGACAGAAGAAAAAGGUGCUGCUGGAGGAGAACAGACAGCUUCAGCAGCGAGUAGAAAGUUUGGAAAGAAAGUUAAAGGAGGCCGGCAGUCAGAAUAGCGACCUGCUAGCAGUUAUUGCAAAACGAGAAGAGACCAUCCACAGCAAUGAGCUCCGUCUAAAAGAAAAAACAAGAGAAUGCUCAUUAUUGAGCCAUCGGCUGGAGGAGGCUCUGGAUGAUGCUCGCCAACAAAUGUCAGAGACCAAAGAACGUGUUGUCAACAAACAACGUUCCACCCAGUCCAAAAUACUGGACCUAGAAAACCAACUCAGCAGGACCACUGCAGAAAUUAAUCAAUUGAAACGGAGCAAAGAGCAGAUGGAGUGGCGGUACCAGAGCCAGCUGCAGGAUUUGAAGGAUCGCCUGGAGCAGUCAGACAGCACUAAUCGAAGCCUGCAAAACUAUGUCCAGUUCCUCAAAGGAUCCUAUGCUAGUGUGUUUGGAGACUUUUCCCUCAGCAGCUCUCUGCAAGCCUCCUCACCCAGCUGAUUGUGUAUAUUCCAGAACAGUGGCAUGACUUAAGCCUGUCACUAGAUUUGGCUGGCAGAGCUGGAGGCUGUGAUGGUACCACAGUUUAAAUAGCUCAGCUGUAAUAAAGUUUCCUACCACAGAGCUCA